GUAAAAGCGUGGGCAAAAGGGGGAACCUGACUACUAAGCAUUUCGGUACCAUACAGGUGAAGCAGCCGCAACUCAGCUUGGUUCCUUGCUUGGUUCGCCCAACGGGUGCUUGUGAACAAUACAUCACAGAAUGCCACUGCAAGGGACACCAGAAAGACUGCACAGGGCUAGGGGCAGUAGGAGACGACACCAGAGGCUGGCGGCAGCGCGAGGCAUGGGGCUGUCGGCAUGGGGGGUUUAAAGCGGCACGACAAUGCGGGUCAAAUGGCUCCGGCUGGGCCCGACUCUCCGUUUUUAGGCAACCCCAUAAAAAUGGCUCAAGCACCACAGGCAGGCUCUUCUUCAGGGUCGUCGAACAUCCCCGUUAAGCAAGACUGUCCCAUACCAGGCAAAGCGCGCUAUGUGCUCUGGAGGUCCACAUUCGAGAUUGACGAUAAAUACGUGCCAAUCAAGGCGAUCGGCAAAGGAGCCUUUGGUGUGGUGUGCAGCGCGAAGGACACUAAGACGGGGGAGAAGGUUGCUAUCAAGAAAAUCGGCAACGCGUUCGAGAACCUGAUUGACGCACGGAGGACGUUGCGUGAGAUCAAGCUGCUGCGACACCUGCGCCAUGAGAACAUCAUCCAGGUCAAGGACGUGCUCAAGCCGCCGUCCCGCGACAACUUCAACGACGUUUACAUUAUCUACGAGCUGAUGGACACAGACCUGCACCAAAUCAUCCGCUCCUCGCAGACGCUCACAAACGAGCACUUCCAGUACUUCGUCUACCAGGUGCUCCGCGGGCUCAAGUACGUGCACACGGCCAACGUGCUGCACCGCGACCUCAAACCCAGCAACCUGCUGCUGAACGCGUCGUGCGACCUGAAGAUUGCGGACUUCGGCCUGGCGCGGACAGGCACCGAGAAGCAGAACUUCAUGACUGAGUACGUGGUGACGCGCUGGUACCGCGCGCCGGAGCUGUUGUUGUCCUGCGACACGUACACCACGGCGAUCGACGUCUGGUCCGUGGGCUGCAUUCUGGCUGAGCUGCUGGGCCGCAAGCCGCUGCUGCCGGGUAAGGAUUACGUGGACCAGCUCAAGCUCAUCAUCAAGACGCUGGGGCCCCCCAGCGAGGAGGACCUGGGCUUCAUCACCAGUUCCAAGGCGCGCGCCUACAUCCGCGCGCUGCCGCCCUCGGAGAAAAUCAACUUUCGCAAGUUGUUCCCCGAUGCGGACCCGCUCGCCAUCGACCUCAUGGAGAAGAUGCUGCAGUUCGACCCCCGCAAGCGCAUUGACGUCAUCCAGGCGCUGAAGCACCCUUGGCUGGCGCAGCUACAUGAGGAGGCGGCGGAGCCCGCGGCGGCAGGCGAGUUUGUGCUGGACUUUGACGAGAUGACGCUCAACGAAACGGGCGUGCGGCAAAUGAUCUAUGACGAGGCCGUCAACCACUACGGCCACAAGUGAGGCACCUGAGCAGGAGGAGCAGCGGCAUUGGACAGAGGACGCCGAGGCAGUAUCAGCACGCGCGUAAGGGUAUCUUUCAGUGCAGUGCCGGACGGCGGCGCCCGCGGGGAGCUGGUCAUGGGAUGCGUGUCUGGUUAAGUGCAGCGGUCUUGUGUUCACGCAUGGGUACUGGGGAGAAACCUCAGCUGGUCAGCUUGGGGGCCGGAGUAACAUCUUGCUGAUCCUGCAGAAAGAAUAGCGUAUUCUAUGCCUUUGGUCGACACCGUGAAUCAACGAUAACGGACGGGCUAUCCUCAGACCUAGAGUCGGAUGGUGAUUAAGGAAUGGGAGGCCGGGGUGAUCACUACUGCUAGAGUAUGCCAUGAAGCGUUGGGCGCACCCCUGGGGCGCACCGCAUGUGGGCGCUAGGUAGGCAUUAUGAAUAUGACGUACUGGUAGACGGUAGUGCGUGCGCGAACCAGGAAGAAUACCGCCAACCUUGAACAUGACUGUUGCACGGGCCGGUGUGUCAGGUGUGCGAUGGGACCGUGGUAAGGCAGGUUGGUAUAGUCCCGUAGGGUGCACCUGAUUCCCAGAACCCAGCAGAUGGCAAACAAUUUGCACGGGCCGGUGUGUCAGGUCAGGGUUGCAAGACUCAUCCGUAACAAGGUGGGUCGCAGUGACCAGGCCCGUUGGCUUUACAACGACUAACGUGUAGUUCUUGCAGGUUCUUGUGACUCGUUGAGAGCAGACAGGAAGCCAAGCCUGGGUAUGAUGGUGCGGGCGGUGAUGAAGGCUUGCGUGGCCGUGGAGGUGCUUGAGGCAGAGCGUGAUGCAAUGGCAGUGGACCUAGCAGCGGUACGGAACAGCAACAGCAGCAGCGCUACCUCUGCAGCCGCACAGCAGUCGGCACAGGCGCGGGCGGUGCUCAAGGCCGAGCGUGAUGCAAUGGCCACGGAGUUGGUGGUGGCGCACAGUAGCUCUGCCACUGCAGACGCACACUCAACACAAGUGCUGGCGCCUGGCGGCGGUUAAGGCCGAGCAUGAUGCCAUGGCCACGGAGGUGGCGGCGUGCAGCAGCAACAGCAGCAGCAGCUCUGCCGCAUGAGUCUGCUAGGUGGACGGGGACACCCCUUCCAGGCGGCUCAGCAGCUGGCGGCGGCAGCUGGGUUGUGUGACUGGGGCAGUGUUGCGGCUCUCUUUGUAGCUGUUCUGGGCCUGCAGGAAGUCAGGGUUGGGGUUGGUCAACGAAUGUCAAAUGAAUCGGCAUU